UUCUUUCCCCCCCACCUCAGGAGGGUGUUUGUGUGUCUUCUCUCGGCCUGCCGGGAGGAGAGGGGGGCGGUGAAUUGAAUGUUUUUGCUUUCCCCCCUCUCUGCACAGAGCUCUUGUCGAGUCAAAUGAGGGACCUGCACAAGUCAAACGUGCUGGGGAGCAAACACGGCAGCCUGAUGUCAUGGCGCCCGCAGUACCGCAGCUCCAAGUUCCGGAACGUGUACGGGAAGGUGGCGAGCCGGGAGCACUGCUUCGACGGCGUGCCCAUCACCAAGAACGUACACGACAACCACUUCUGCGCCGUCAACGCCCGAUUCCUCGCCAUCGUCACCGAGAGCGCCGGCGGCGGCUCCUUCCUCGUCAUCCCCCUCGAGCAG